AUGGUGGCACUUCUUGUGUUCCGGUGUCAGCGCCGACUAGGACGAGUGACGUCCCUUGCUCUAUUGCUUGUUGUCUCAACGAUGAUCUACGUACUCCUAGUUCCCGAUUAUAUUUAUUUGAGAUCAAGCGCCCAUGCCCUGUACUGGGUACUGCCUACAGCCCACAGUGACGUGUUCACCAUGAUGAACUUCUCAACCUUCAGCAACUGGACAUUUCUUCUCCCCAAAGACGUAGGAAGUGAGGCACGAUGCAGCGGAUGCACCUCACCAGACGACACGAUACGAGACUACAUUCAGAAAUGGACGUACGACCUUGACCUUCCGUCGGAGUCGCCGAUGGCGGACCAGUUCUCCCGCAUGGCGUCUGCGCUGUUCGCGCUAGACCACGGAGGGGUGGGUGUUCUCUUCACGUCUGACGUCAGCUCCUUCGAAGUCUCCAAGAACCGACUCAUACCCGACAACCAGCCAGACGGCGUGAAGGGAAUCGAAUACUACGGAUUAAAUCUCACUCUCGAUUCCUUUCAUUUCCAUCAUCGCAUCAAAGUGGGGCCAGGGAACCCUUGUUUGUAUCGAAUACGCAAGAGAAUGAAGCCUUUGUGGACCGUUGGGGUUCGGUGUCGAGCCCAUAAGCAGAAGGGAAUCGAUACUCUCACGCUCAUAGACCAACACGCUCCUCCGGUUUAUACCUCCGAACCCCGUGUCAACGUUCUCGAAUAUUCUGACUCGUUCUUCGACUACGAAGGGCUUUGGGCCAUGUUUAUGUCUUUCGUGCCCUCAGGAGAAACAUCCGGUAUUUGGGGAUUGUGGGCCCAACGGUUGCUGCAGGAGCUCGGGGCAGAAAUGGCCUUGACCUCGCUACCGUGUCCCAAUUCAGCGACCCUCUCCAUUAUGCCAGGUACGCCCUCAAGCGAGAGCCAAAAAGUAUUCAAGUUUGUCAACUCGUGGGUUUGUCCUCAUCAAUAUUCUUUCUACGAGUGCGCAAUUCUGCUCGCUGAAGAGUUACACGCAAGAAACUUCGUUGUUUUAAACGACGUCCAGCAGUUGAGAAUCUGGUUCGAGGGUUUGAAAAGGUUAGGGUAUUUAGAACCAAAACGACGUGAACUUGUUCCCCGUAUACACGAUCUUCUUCUGGGUUGUGUCAUACACUCCCCUGCUUUAGUAACCGCUUCCUCAAACCCCUCUCCUGUCAAACAAUUUCCGGCUAUUGAGCCAAUGUGCAAAAACUUAACCGCACGUUCGGGCGUAUUGGAUCCAUUCAAAAACUACACUCUAGAUCCCAACAGCAGCAGGGUGAAAGAUAUUGCUUUAGUCAUUAUCUUCUACGACGCCAGCAUCUAUUCCAACGUCCAGUUUCUAGAGGAUUUGUACCGAAAGUAUUUCCGAACUCUCAUAUACUGUGGACCGGACUCCAACGUAUUUCAAACAUUUUACAAGACGUUCAAAAAGCCUAUCACAUACGUAGAAGUCCCCGACACACAGGGUUUUUUGGCUUACGAAUGCGUUUCUCGAGCCGUCAUGAUCAACUACGACGUGAGGGGAUAUCUGGAGAUGGCAGAUGAUGUCAUACUUAACACUUGGACUCUCGGCUCCAUCCCGAGAGAUAGGUUCUGGUUCCAGAAAGAUUUACGUAUCGCCAGCAGGCACCAGCAGAUGAUGCUUGACUUCGCGCUCAACUACCCGUUCCCCUGGUGGCCCUGGACGGUGCAUGGACAGAUGUGGGGCGCUAAAGCCAUGGCCAAAGUGUGGAAAACUUUCGAGUUCAUCAGAGCGUCUAACAACAGCGGCGCAAAGGAAAUCGUCAACGUAUUUCUGGACACGCUAAAACAGAACUCUGGAGAACCAGAUAACUUUUUCUACUGUUCCUCCGACAUUUUCUACGUGCCGGCGCGUCACCGUCAAGCCUGGGCCAUGCUCUCAGAUAUCUUCUUCUCUAAUAACGUGUUUCUGGACAUCGCUGUACCCACCCUGAUCAACGGCAUGGAGCUCACCACAGACAUUGUACGGAUGGACGGCGUCUACCUGUGGUACACCGAGCGAGCCAACUACCCCUCCUAUUACCGAGAAUUCCACCAGUUUUUCCACCCCUGGAAGAUGGGCUGGAUCCAACAGAAAGAUCACGCCAAUUUCAUGUGCUAUUAUAUUCUGCCUCAUAUCGUCAAAGAUCUUUUGAAAAAGUAG